GCUCGACGUCUGUAGCGAAUCUGCUGCUACCAAUAAAGAGUUCCGGUGGAAGUCGGCGGAAGGGCUCCCGAGUCGCCGGUAAACGUGUAGUGGGUACAGCCUGUGCCGGUGCGGAAGAACCCAGGAUUUGCUGAGAGCAUGAGCGACUGGCUGCCCAUCGCCAAGGAGUAUGACCCACUUAAAGCUGGCAGCAUCGAUGGCACGGAUGAAGACCCACAUGACCGCGCUGUUUGGAGGGCCAUGCUGGCCCGUUAUGUUCCCAACAAAGGUGUCACCGGUGACCCCCUCCUUACCCUGUUUGUGGCACGACUGAACUUGCAGACCAAAGAGGAGAAGUUAAAGCAAGUCUUCUCCCGAUAUGGUGACAUCCGGAGGCUGCGGCUGGUUCGGGACCUGGUGACUGGCUUCUCCAAGGGCUAUGCCUUCAUUGAGUACAAGGAGGAACGGGCCCUGCUGAAGGCCUACCGUGAUGCCGAUGGCCUGGUCAUUGACCAGCACGAGAUAUUCGUGGACUAUGAGCUGGAGAGGACCCUACGUGGCUGGAUCCCUCGGCGGCUGGGUGGUGGGUUGGGUGGGAAAAAGGAAUCUGGGCAACUGAGGUUCGGUGGCCGGGACCGGCCUUUCCGCAAACCCAUCAACUUGCCAGUUGCCAAGAAUGAGCCGCAUAGAGACGGGAAAAGAGAACGGAGGGAGCGGUCUCGAUCGAGGGACAGACACUGGGACCCCAGGCCCAGGGAACGGGACCAUGACAGGGGCCGCGAGAAGCGCUGGCAUGAGAGGGAGCCGGCCAGGGCGUGGCCUGAGAACGACUGGGAAAGAGAGAGGGAGUUCAGGGAGGAGAGGGUCAAAAGCAGGGACAAGAGGGAUAGAAGUAAGUAGAGCACACA